AUACCUUGAAUUUCCACACCUCUUUCCAUCUCAUUAAAAAUAAUAAUCGAACCGUCCGACAAAACAAAAUGGCAGACCGCGUCAAAACAAUCGCAAAAAGCGAGAUAGAGCGAAUAUCCUCCCUCACCUACAGGGCCAUCAAAUCCGGCGCAUAUUUGUAUCCAUUUCAUGGAAUAAUCUAUCUCCUCUCCCAUCGCACAUUAUGGUCCCCGCUCCGAUCCCGCCUCGUGCCCACCUUAAUGCUAGGUAUAGGCAUAACAACAGCCAUGUUCUUCCUAACCUACAUCCCGCAAAUGACGUUAUUAGCAUUCACAUCUGGACCCUUCGUAGCGCCCAUAUCAGCUGCGUUGCUCGUGAUCAAUGAAUCGUCUGCAAUAACCGGGUUUUUCGCCUCGAGAGGGAUGUUUUUUGGACUCGAUGGGCAGGGGAAGUCCUCGUCAACCUCGUCAGUGACACUGGAUGCAUUCGAUGCUACGCUCAUGUUAAAGGGACAUGAAGCCCUCGUCCGUGGUGGACGGGAAAUCAAAUCUCCGGCUGCUGAUAAUAAUAUUUUAUCAAGAUUAGGCGGUUUUGUUGGGAUGAGUAAGAGGAACUCGUUCAAUUCCGGCGGUUCGACGGCUGAUGGUCUCAUUCGCUCAUUGCUGUAUCUACCGCUUAACUUCAUACCAGUCGUGGGAACGAUUGCGUUUUUGACCCUCAAAGGGAAGAGAAUGGGUCAUAAUGCGUUGGAUAGGUAUUUUGAGUUGAAGGGGUAUUCGGCUAAGGAGAGGGAGGAGUGGUUGAAGGAUCAUGAGGGGGAGUAUAUCGGUUUUGGUGUUGCGUCUUCCGUCCUGGAAAUGGUUCCGUUCGCUUCGUUCAUAUUCGCAUGCACGAAUACCGUUGGUGCGGCGUUGUGGGCUUCGAAUAUUGAGAGCAAGUCUGGUACGGCACCCGGGUUGAGGGAACAGAGUAAGAAAGCUGCAUAG